AGCUGCUCCUCAUCCAGUCCGGUGUUUGCAAAGUACUGGAACAGCAGCGAAAAGGAGGCGGACGCUGUUCCGUGUGACAGCGGGGAUACGUGCUCGGCAGCUUCGCUCCUCUCUCUUAUUUUUCUUCUUUUUCCAACGUGAAAACGAAAUUAAAGUGCAGCUAAGUUCUAUUUAUUUUUUACAAGUUGAGACGCGGGAAGACAAUGGACGUUCUACCCAUGUGCAGCAUCUUUCAAGAACUUCAAAUAGUUCACGACACGGGCUAUUUCUCAGCCUUACCUUCACUGGAGGAAUACUGGCUGCAGACGUGCUUGGAGUUGGAACGUUAUCUACAGAGUGAGCCUUAUGUCUUCACAUCUGACCUAAAGUUUGAUGGCCAGGAAGAUCUCUGGAGUAAGUUGAUCUUAGCAUGUGGGGACAAAGCCAAGGCAGAGUCUGACCCAACGCUUUCUGCGGCCCAUCAGGAGGACAAUCAGGAUACCCAAAUCUUGGACACCAACAGUGUGAAUUCUGAUGCCAGCAGUGAAGCUUCAGACAGUUCAGAGGAGCUCUCGCCCACACACAGCUUUACCUCCAACCCUCUGGGUUCUGUCUUGGCUGGCUCUGGACCUUUUAGCCCCUCCGUCAUUAGCACUCCUCCGUCAUCUCCAGAGGCUAAUUCCGAUCCCAGUGGCAUUACAAAUGGCUGGGUAGGCACACACGCUGAACUACACUUGCCGGUCAAAAUCCGGACCAGUGGGAUUGGAAAGAGUUCGGAAAAGAUGGGACUCGUCUGUGGAGAUGCUUCACCUGAUGGCAGGAGGAGGAUACACAGGUGUCAGUUCAACGGGUGUCGUAAGGUUUACACAAAGAGCUCCCACCUGAAAGCACACCAGCGCACUCAUACAGGUGAAAAACCAUAUAGGUGUUCAUGGGAGGGGUGCGAGUGGCGUUUUGCACGAAGCGAUGAGUUGACCAGACACUUCAGGAAGCACACUGGGGCAAAGCCAUUUAAAUGCAGUCACUGUGACAGAUGUUUCUCCAGGUCUGACCAUCUGGCUCUCCACAUGAAGAGACACAUCUAGAGCAGGACAAGUAUUAAUCAACCAACACAGCAAAGGGGAAAGUAGAUAAAACUAAUGCAGUCUCCUCACCAGUCUCUUGGUUGAACUGUCCCAGAGCAGAGUGGCAGGAGUGUGUUCCAGCCAAAGCAUGCCGUUUUGCACCAUACUGAAACCCAGUGCCUAUGGGACCUCUCUAUGGAGAAAGGCGCUCUGAAGUUUGUCUGCUACAAGAGGACAAAAUCAUGGAUGGGAGCAAUUUUGAUUCAGAUGGACUUUUAACACUUAAAAAAAAAAAAAAAAACACUUAAAAAAAAAAAAAAAUAAUUAAACAAAACAAAAGCAAGAAAAAAGACACAAAGAAUGAAUGAAUUGUAUGUAUGGUGCAUGAUGUUUUGAGGACAUCUUCCGGACAGCAGAUACACUGGUACUUUAAAAAAAAAAAAAAAAAAAAAAACUGUCUGAGGUAAGCAUGU